CACCACGCUGCUAGCUCAAAUUGUGAGUACAGUUGUCCAAAUUCUUUAGUCUCAAUUUAUCAAGAUAUUGGACAAGUGUGUAAUACGGAUACCUGUGAUCAGUUGUUGAUUAAAGUAUAUGCCAGAUGCGUACGACAGUGAUUGUGAAGAAUCGCAUCCUGUGAAAACUGUAAAGGAGUCGAAUAGAAUGAGAAUUGUAAUUGCGCUUUUAUUGAUUGGAUUAGUUGGACUGGCUGUGGCCAUUCCAACUGUGAUGUUAACUCGAAUGUCGUCUAGUUCCGACCCAGCAGAAAACGAGGUACCCACCUACGACUUCCCAUAUGUGAGUAGAUCAGAAUGGGGGGCAAGGACGCCGGUACAAACGCUGAAACUACGCACGCCCGUGCCCUACGUGGUCAUCCACCACUCAUAUACCCCGCCAGCUUGCUACAAUAGAGAUGAUUGUAUAAAGGCUAUGAAGAGCAUGCAGAAUUUCCAUAUCGAUGAACGACAUUGGUGGGAUAUUGGAUAUCAUUUUGGAGUGGGCAGCGAUGGAGUGGCGUAUGAAGGCAGAGGAUGGUCCAUUCUUGGAGCGCAUGCGCUGCAUUUCAACAAUGUGAGCAUUGGUAUCUGCGUCAUCGGCGAUUGGACAAAGUCCACCCCGCCAGCAGAGCAGGUCAAAACCGUGAAAUCAUUAAUAGCAGCGGGCGUCGAUCUCGGCUACAUCCAACCUAACUACAAGCUGGUUGGACAUCGACAGGUCAGAGAUACCGAGUGCCCGGGGCAAACCUUCUUCGAAGCUAUCAAGAGCUGGGACCACUGGUCGGCUUUCCCUGCAUCGCACGUGGACCUUGUCAACGUGCCUGAGCUUAGCGAGGAUUUUAGAAAGGAAUAUAAUAAAACACUUAACACAGUUUCAGGAAAACUUUAGUAAUAACUAGUCCCACCAUAUAGACAGCCGGAAAAACCACUUAAAAACCAGUUUUAAUUUGGAAAAUACGGUAAAUAAAUAAAGGAGCUUUCUAGUGGGUCAGAAUAGCAAAAUAGAUUUAAGUAGUUAAAAUAUAAUUUAAAAAAUAUGUAAAGACUGGCACUCUGUUUAUUGACACGUUAAGUGUCUAAUCACUAUAGUUACUGAAAAACGUGUUUUUGCCAUUCAUUAUAUGGUACUGCAUUAUAAUUUGGCAAUAUAGUUUUAUUUAUUGAUAUUUAAUGUAGGUGAUUAUAAUGUCAUCUGUUUUGAUCUGAUUUCGUAUUUCCGAUAAGUUAAUCUUAUACUGUAUCGAAGUAAGUAUUCAAUGAGUCUUGAAAUGUAUUUUUGAUAAGGUCUUAUAGCUCGUAAUAAAUUAAUUCAAUUGUACAUAUCUAGA